AUGAAUAAUAUUAUAUCAUCGAUUGGAAAGAGGACACUUUCAUCACCAUCAUUAAAGAAUAUUGUGAAUGUUGCCUCUUCCUCUUCUUCAACAUCGACCACCACCAACAUUUCAAGUUUCCAAUGUCACCAAAACCCAAGAUACAUUGGAUCAUCAUCAUCAAAGACAUGUUUACUCAAUUCAUCAACUACAAGAUCAAAUUUAAAUACUUAUGAAAUUAGAAACUUUCAAUCAUCAUCAUCAACAAGAUGGAGUGUAUUUAAACCAAGUUGGAUAAGUAGAUUCUCUGCUACUGCAACUGAAUCUCCAUCAUCGUCACCUUCGUCAUCAUCAGGUGAUAUUGCAGAACAACUAUCUGAUCUAACAGGUAGACCCUAUGGUGAAUUAGUAAUUGGUGUACCAUCUGAAAUCUAUCAACAUGAGAAACGUGUUGCACUUACUCCAGAAAACGUAGCAUUACUUCUUAAAAAGGGUUUUAAAGAGAUCAUUAUUGAAGAAGGAGCAGGUAAAGGAGCAAAAUUCCCAGAUCAAGCAUAUAUAAGUGCAGGUGCAAAGAUUGGUACGGCUCAAGAUGUAGCUGACCGAUCGGAUAUUGUUCUAAAGGUUAGACCACCACAAUUCAACUCGAGUUUGAAUAAACAUGAAGCUGCACUGUACAAGAAUGGAGCUACGGUGAUUAGCUUUUUGUAUCCCGCUCAGCAACAGGCUCAAGAAACAUUAAAGCUGAUGAGUGAGAGAAAGAUCACUGCCAUUGCAAUGGACUGUAUCCCACGUAUCACAAGAUCACAAGGAUUCGAUGCACUCUCUUCGAUGGCCAACAUUUCAGGUUACAAGGCGAUUGUAGAGAGCUCCAACUUUUUCGGACGAUUCUUUAGCGGACAGAUCACAGCUGCCGGCAAGAUCCCACCUGCCAAGGUGCUGGUGAUUGGUGCCGGUGUGGCCGGUCUCAGUGCCAUUGGUACCGCCAAGGGUUUGGGAGCAGUCGUGCGUGCGUUUGACACACGUGCAGCUGCCAAAGAACAGGUGCAGUCGAUGGGAGGAGAGUUCUUGGAGGUGCACGUCAAGGAGAGCGGUGAUGGAGGAGGUGGGUACGCCAAGACCAUGUCCAAGGAGUUUAUCGAGGCUGAAAUGGCACUGUUUGCCAAACAGUGUAAAGAGGUUGAUAUCGUGGUCACUACUGCCUUGAUUCCAGGCAAACCAGCACCAAAACUCAUCAGCAAGGAUAUGAUCGAGUUGAUGAAACCUGGAAGUGUGUUGGUUGAUUUGGCAGCUGAAACGGGUGGCAAUUGUGAGUUGACUCAGCCCGGUGAGGUUGUCAAUCAUCGUGGUGUGUCGAUUGUCGGGUACACUGAUUUCCCCUCGCGUAUGGCUACUCAGUCGAGUCAGCUCUACUCUAACAACAUUGUCAAGUUCCUCUUGUCACUUGGCAGCAAUGAAUUCAAGAUAGACUUAAAGGACGAGGUGACUAGAGGAUCGACAAUCCUCCAAAAGGGAACGUUGGUAUGGCCACCUCCACGAAAGGAGGUACCUCCCCCACCACCCAAACCAGCAGCCACCACAACCCAUGUCGGUACAGUCGUUCCUGCCAAGCCCGAGGAAACACUUUACAACUCGACACUUAAAAAGGCAUUGAUCUCAGCUGCUGGUUUGGCCGGUCUCGGUGUCAUCACCAUCAGUAUGCCCGGUCCGUUUAUGGCUAGUUUGACCACAUUCGCACUCAGUUGUAUCAUUGGAUACAAGGUUGUGUGGGGUGUCACUCCCGCUCUACAUUCACCACUCAUGAGUGUUACCAAUGCCAUCUCUGGUAUUGUCGCGGUCGCUGGUAUCCACAUGAUGGGUGGUGGACUGCUCCCAUCGACCACUGCCAACGUGCUAGCUGCAUCGGCCGUCUUUAUGAGUUCGAUCAACAUCUUUGGUGGUUUCUAUAUCACCAAGCGUAUGUUGGAUAUGUUUAGACGUGCUACUGACCCACCUACAUACGAGUAUCUCUUUGGUAUCCCCGCUGCCGCAUUUAUGGCAACUUAUAUGGCUAUUGCUCCACCCAACCCUUCACUCACCGAAAUGAGCUAUCUCAUCUCAUCGGCAUUGUGCGUACUUGCUAUUGGUGGUCUCAACAGCCAAAAGACAGCUCGUAUGGGUAAUGUCCUCGGUAUGAGUGGUAUCGCUAUCGGUGCCCUUGCAACACUCGGCACCAUCGCCCCUGCUGCACCCCUCCUCGGUCAGAUCGCCCUCAUGAGUGCUGCUGGUGGUGGUCUCGGUUUACUCAUUGCCAAAAAGGUUGGUGUCACCGAGUUGCCUCAACUUACCGCUGCAUUCCACUCGUUUGUCGGUCUUGCUGCCGUCCUCACCUCUGCAGCUGCCUUUAUGGGUGACGGUAACAUUGCACACAUGGAUAUGAUCCACAAGAGUGCCAUCUACCUUGGUACUGUGAUUGGUGGUAUCACCUUUACCGGCUCGCUCGUCGCCUUUGCCAAGUUACAAGGACAAAUCUUUAGUUGGAAGGUUCCCACCAAACCUCUGAUGCUACCCAACCGUAAUGCCAUCAACGGUGGUAUUGCACUUGCCAAUCUCGCCACGAUGGGUAUCUUUUUGACAACCACCAACCCUGCACUCGGAGUCACCUGUCUUGCUGCCAGCAGCGCACUCUCCUUCCUCCAAGGUCAUCUAUUGACCGCCGCUAUUGGCUCGGCCGACACACCUAUCGCCAUCACCGUCCUCAACUCGUACUCUGGCUGGGCACUCUGUGCUGAAGGUUUCAUGCUCAACAACAACUUGCUCACCAUCGUCGGUGCCUUGGUCGGCUCGUCUGGUGCCAUUCUCAGUUAUAUCAUGUGUGUUGCCAUGAACCGUUCGUUGCCAAACGUCAUCUUUGGCGGCUACGGUACCAACUCUACUGGAACGGGUGAGGUCAUGAAGAUCACCGGUACUCACACCGAGACCAACGUCGAACAGGUUGCCGAAGCCUGUACAUCGGUCAAGAACAUUAUCAUUGUGCCAGGAUAUGGUUUGGCCGUGUCUAGAGGUCAAUAUGCCGUUGCAGAAAUGACAAAGGCUCUCACUGAACGUGGCAUUAAUGUCCGUUUCGCUAUUCACCCAGUCUGUGGACGUCUCCCAGGCCAAUUGAACCUUAUUCUCUCUGAAGCCGGUGUCCCAUACGACAUUGUCCACGAAAUGGAGGAUAUCAACCACGAGAUGCCAUCGACCGACUUGGUGUUGGUCAUUGGUGCCAACGACACAAUCAACAGUGCCGCCGUAGAAGAUCCAAAUUCAGCCAUUGCAGGUAUGCCAGUCGUUGAAGUAUGGAAGGCCAAACAAGUCAUCGUAUUCAAGAGAUCUCUUGCUGGUGGUUAUGCCGAUAUCCCAAAUCCAGUAUUCUACAAACCAAAUACAUCAAUGUUAUUUGGUGAUGCCAAAUCAACCUGUGAAGCUUUAAAAAAUAAGAUCAUCUCUACUCUUGAUAAUUAA